AACACAGUAAUAAUUAUAUUGAUUCGAAAUACUUAAAUUGUACAUGACUGUAAGUGUUAUGUGAGUGACGAGGCACUGUUACUGCGGGUCUAAAAGGCAGAGUGCGGUGUUUGUAGCGGACACACUGCGUGCAGCAUGUUCGCGACAAGCGCGCUCUUUGUGCUCGCGAGCACCGCCACGCUGCUCGUGCUCGCCGACGCGAAGCAGUACUGCAACUCGGCGAUAAUCGGUGAUUUCGAGGAAGAGAAAACCGAAGAGUUUACUUCAGAAAAAAUAAUUGCUCCAGGCCAGGCGUUUAUUCAGAUAAAAGAGAGGUGUAACGGGCCGUUCGCGAUACCGGCCUACAUGCAGGUGACGGCGUGCGACGACGACAGGUUCCCGCAAGUGUACCUGCGUCCGGUGGAGGGCGAGGUGCACCGCUUCGGGAACACACUCAGCAAGGCAACAGUCACCAUCAACUACAGCUGUAUCCUCAACACUAACUCCGGUGAAUUUGAAUAUGUUUAAACAAAGCGCUUAGAAAGUAACAUCAUCUAGCCUUUUCCCGACUAUGUUUGGGUUGGCUUCCUACAAAAUAUACUUGUA